AUGGAGAGGCAUCAUGAGGGGGGCUGCGAAGAGCUGAAAAGCUUCUUGCGAUUGCUCGGAAAAGAGAUCAAGGACUUGGACGAUGCUGAUGAAGAGACAUAUGAUCUCUACGCCCAAGACCUGCCUUCAUCAGAUCUGGGGAUCAUCGAUCCCAAGACCACCGAGUUGCAACUCACCGUGGCCGGUCGAGAGCUUACGAUCCAUCAAUCACCGGGAAUCCUCUCCUCGGCCCGUGCCGGAGGAACCACCGGAGCCGGUGCCCCCUCAUCGUCUUUUUCUCCGACGACGACGACGACAACCGUAAUCGAACUAGGCGCCGGCACCUCCGCCAUCGUCGGCCUUUUACUUGCCCCCCGCGUUGGUAGGUACGUCCUCACCGACCAGGCGUACGUCUCCAAGCUGGUGGAGCGCAACAUCAACGAGAACUGGUCGUCUGUAGUGCAGCAGCAGCAGCAGCAGCAGCAGUCUCUCGUCGGGAGUGGUGGUGGUCAGGGAGGGAAGGGCAAGAAAGGAGGAGGAGGAAAGGGGUCAAAGAAAGCAUCAUCAUCAUCGUCAUCAUCAUCGGCAACAGAAGAGAAGGGACCGGGAGAGAGAUUGGUUUUCAGGGCACUAGAUUGGGAGCAGGAUACGCCCACCUCCUCACUUGCUCAGCCGGUUGCUGCGAGUUUCGAUCUGGUGGUUGCUUGCGAUUGCAUCUACAACGAGGCGCUGGUUGAUCCCUUCGUUACCACCUGUGUGGAUAUUUGCAAGCUACGCGGCAGCAGCACCACCGCCACCACCACCGAUAAUGGAGGGAGGCCGACGGUGGUGGUGGUGGCCCAAGUACUCAGGAACUCGGACGUCUUCGAAGCGUGGAUAAAGCGAUUCGUGCAGGAUUUUCGGUGUUGGAGGGUGCCUGAUGACCUGAUGAUUGAUGGGCUGAAGAGUGAGGGCGGAGGUGGGGGAACAUCGGGGUUUGUGGUGCAUGUUGGUGUUUUAAGGGAGGGGAAUUGAAUUAUCAGUGAAUAGCCGAGGGCUGAAAUUAACGUUACAGGUGGGUGAUACUACAGAGAGGCAACCUAGUUGCCUCGAUUAUCAUUAUUUGUAGGCAAACUCGGGAGUUGAAAUGCUGUCAAGGAGGUUGAUCAUUAGAUGAUAGUAUGUAACCUAUUUCCCACCGGACGCGAAAAGACCAAGGACCCAAAACUCCCAGCUCCAUUUGAUAUGCUCUUUAUAAAGAAGCCCCAAGAAACUGGUAACAAAUCCAAGACCGUCUGAAAUCCACAUCAUCCGAACAUCUCUGUCUGUGCGCAUUAUCCCGUUCAUCCAAUGUGCUGGAGUAACAUUGCAAAGAGU